CUGCGUUCGCUCAAGAGACGGCAGAAGGCGCAAGUGGUCGACAGGAAGGACCGACGGGGUCUAGCACACACGGGCAGAAGAGCGAUAGGCGGCUCUCUUCUCGGUCCGCGAAGGUGCGAUCCAAAGGCGCUUCAUGCAAGGAGCUCCCGAGUGGUCAAUCUGAUUCUAUUUUCACGUUUUUCACAUUAACCACGUAAAUCUAUCCAGUGAAAAACACUCGCCAGUCGAAAAGAGCCAUCGACGAUGGCCGAGGUCAUGCCCGAGGCCGUCAAGGUCGACGUCUUUGGGAGCUACGAGGCGCUGGACCAGGACAGCGGCAAGUUCUACACGGAGUACAUUUUACGCUGCAACGUCCAGGACCCCAGCGCCCGCCUGCGUUCGUGGAAUGCUGCGCGUCGAUACCGCGAGUUUUGCGCGAUCGACAUCCUCCUGCGGGAAAAGUACCCGCAUCUUGCGAGCUCGUUUCCGUCGCUGCCGAGCAAAAAGUACCUCGGCUCGUCGCUCUCGUCCGACUUUGUGGAGAAGCGCCAGCGCGACUUGGGCCAUUACAUCUCGACGCUUCUGAGCUUGUACCCGCAGCUGCUGCACGACGAGAUCAUGGACGAGUUCUUGGAGCUCUCAAGUCACUGAUAAGACAUAAUGUCUGCGAUGCUUUGGACAUAGCGUCCACAAGGUGGCUGCAGGAUGCAGUCAAAAACGAUCGAUCUACUCCUAUACUAACGGCACAAACUAAGAACUACAGCAGUCUAGUCGGCAGAGAGACCGUCGUAGGGCGAGAGGCC